GUCAGUUUAUCCUAAUGCACAUUUCUCUUCAUGGUGGGAUAACUGACUCAUGUGAAUAUGUUGUUCUCUGAGACAUGCUGUCAAAUCUGUCGACCAUCAUGGUUACACAUACACACAUUUGCAUGAGGAAGUACUAACUGAAGGUACUGCAUGAUAUGUGUAAAUAUGUUGGUGCACUGAAUGUGUUUGGACAGCUUGGAUCUCAGACCACAGUGAGGCUCAUACACAAAAACUGUCAGCGAAUUGCUGAUCAAAAUUAUUAAAGACGGAGAGAGGAAAGAGAGAAGAUGACAUACUGUUCGCAAAACGGGAGUCCAGUUUUCAGCCACCUCUUGACAGUCCGUGAGAAUGCCUUGCUCUUCACUCUCCUGGGAGCCCAGUGUAAGACGGUUGCCUCAGCAGUUGCCCAGGUGUAUUUGUCUGUACCUGGACAUCAGGGCUGGAGGAAUGUGGGCUGUGGAGUGGUGUGUCUGGUCAAAGACUGCUCACAACACUCCUACUUCCUGCGGCUCUACUGUGUGAAGAGAGCUAAACUGCUAUGGGAACAGGAGCUGUAUGUUCAGUUUCAAUAUUCUGCACCCCGCCCCUACUUCCACACCUUUCCUGCCGAUGACGGCCAGGCAGGCCUAAACUUUACAGAUGAGGCAGAAGCACAGAGGUUCUCUACAUCUGUGGAAACUCUGAUCAAACAAUCCUCAGACUUAAGUAGUGGGCAGCUGAACCAUAGUGACCGAGUAGACUCCUCUGACUGUGUCCGUGAACAGGAGCAGAGCAGAUCUGGGAUCAGCACUCCAUCUUCAUAUGUGUCAGAGAAGGGCUGGAAGGUGGACCAAGGGCAAAGCCUCAGUUCAUGUGAACUGGACCCAGGUCUGAGGAAGUGGAUCAUGGAUACAGGGCUAAAUGAGGGGGAUAUGACGGACAGACACAACUCUAAGGUCAUGUGCAACAUCAUCGAUGAUUUGUGGGGCCUGGAGGCUGUCACCAGGGACAUGAAAAACAGAGGAGCUGCCUCUAAGACCUUGCCCAAUAGAUCUACAAGGACCUCUAUCUCCCUGGCCCUUAGAAAAGGGCCCCUCCCUCCUCUCCCAUCCCCUCUAACCCGCAGUGCCAGCUCCCGAGAUGUCUCCAAGAGCCCUCUCCCAUCCUGGGUUCCUGCACCUCCCUCUGUGCCUGCUCCUCCACCUCCUGCAGAGGCAUUCCAUGAGAGGCUAAGUAAGAGCUCUAGCUUCAGUAUGGUGUGCUCGCCCUCUGCUAUAAAUACAGACCUGGGCCUGACUGUCCUGAGGGGAAAAUUUCAGAUGAGCCACUGCCGUCCCACCUCAUAAAAGUACUGUAUCUCUCCACCAGUCAUCUCCUCAACAGUCUGUGAUGUCAGCUCAGAUUAGGGUUGGGUUGUGUCAGGUUAGUCCUGUUCUUCACCUCAUUACGUCUGUCUUCUCCUUCGUAGGAAACAACAUCAACAAAUCACAGAUCAAACCUUUUUGAAGUGGGCUGUGUCUGACUGGUUCCACCUGAGGACAAAAACAUCACCCUGCUUAUACACUUUGUAAUUCUGAGGCAGUUCUGAAUUUGGUGUCUACUUUUGAAUGAUGUCAUGAAAUGACUAGGCAAUUAAAAAUGUAUGGUUUAAGAUUGCAAUGCCCAAUUAAGCUCUUUGUAAAAUAAAAUCCUCUUUCCACCCUAACAAAUGAUUGAUGAUUACGACAAUAAAUAGCAAUAACUGUAGCAAUGCACGGUUGACAAAUGUGAAUAUCAACCUUACAAUUUCGGCAUGUUUUUGUGGCUAAUAAAGAACAAACUUUAA